AUAUCCAACGCCGUCAUCACCGUCCCCGCCUACUUCAACGAUUCCCAGCGCCAGGCCACUAAGGACGCCGGCACCAUCUCCGGCCUCAACGUGCUGCGUAUCAUCAACGAGCCCACAGCUGCUGCCAUUGCCUACGGACUCGACAAGAAGGUUGGCGCUGAAAGGAAUGUCCUCAUCUUCGAUCUUGGCGGUGGCACGUUCGAUGUGUCCAUCCUGACCAUCGAGGACGGAAUCUUUGAAGUGAAAUCCACCGCCGGAGACACCCACUUGGGCGGAGAAGACUUUGACAACCGCAUGGUCAACCACUUCAUCGCAGAGUUCAAGCGCAAAUACAAGAAGGACAUCAGUGACAAUAAGAGAGCCAUUCGCCGUCUCCGCACCGCCUGUGAGAGAGCUAAGCGCACCCUGUCAUCAAGCACUCAGGCCAGCAUCGAAAUCGACUCCCUGUAUGAGGGCGUCGACUUCUACACCUCCAUCACCAGGGCUCGUUUCGAGGAGCUCAACGCUGACCUCUUCCGUGGCACUUUGGACCCAGUGGAGAAGUCACUCCGCGACGCCAAGAUGGACAAGUCCGCGAUCCACGACAUCGUCCUCGUCGGCGGUUCCACCCGUAUCCCCAAGAUCCAGAAACUCCUGCAGGACUUCUUCAACGGCAAGGAGCUCAACAAGAGCAUCAACCCCGACGAGGCCGUCGCUUACGGUGCCGCUGUACAGGCGGCCAUUCUUGCUGGUGACAAGUCAGAGAAUGUGCAGGAUCUUCUUCUGCUGGACGUCACGCCGCUGUCUCUGGGUAUCGAGACCGCCGGAGGUGUCAUGACUGUUCUGAUCAAGCGCAACACCACCAUUCCAACCAAGCAGACCCAGACAUUCACCACCUACUCCGACAACCAGCCCGGGGUGCUCAUCCAGGUGUACGAGGGUGAGCGUGCCAUGACCAAGGACAACAACCUGCUGGGCAAGUUCGAGCUGACCGGCAUUCCCCCCGCUCCCCGUGGCGUUCCUCAGAUUGAGGUGACCUUUGAUAUCGACGCCAACGGGAUCAUGAAUGUCUCUGCAGUCGACAAGAGCACCGGCAAGGAGAACAAGAUCACCAUCACCAACGACAAGGGUCGCCUGAGCAAGGAGGACAUUGAGCGCAUGGUCCAGGAAGCAGAGAAGUACAAGGCGGAAGACGAUUUCCAGCGCGACAAGGUGUCGUCCAAGAACGGGCUGGAGUCGUACGCCUUCAACAUGAAGUCCACCGUGGAGGACGAGAAGCUGCAGGGCAAGAUCAGCGACGAGGACAAAACGAAGAUCCUGGACAAGUGCAACGAGGUCAUCAGCUGGCUCGACAAGAACCAGACUGCCGAGAAGGACGAAUAUGAACAUCAGCAACAGGAGCUGGAGAAGGUGUGCAACCCCAUCAUCACCAAGCUGUACCAGAGUGCAGGGGGGAUGCCCGGCGGCAUGCCAGGGGGGAUGCCAGGAGGCUUCCCUGGAGCUGGAGCCGCCCCCGGAGGAGGAGGAUCCUCUGGACCCACCAUCGAGGAGGUCGACUAAACCACCACAAGCA